UCCUCCUACAGCUUCGCUCAUCUUUGCGACACCUCUUUAGCGCUACUCUGCAGUACAUAUCCGUCCGCAAUCUGCCCUCUCGUUGAGCUCUUGUGUCUUUUCUGUACUCACGGGGACAAUUUCGCCCACGUCGCAACAAUUACUACAGCUGCGCAAUCUCUACGCAUUCUAGCUUCACUCUAGGUCGAAAUGGCGUCCGCACAGGCAAAGGCCCAGGAUUAUCUGAGCGUCCUUGACAAGGAGCUCUCCAAAUACCCCGCCCUGAACAACCUCGAGAAGCAGCUGGGCGUCCCCAAGGCAUAUGCCGUCAUCGGCUUCGCCGCUCUCUACUUCUUCCUCAUCAUUUUCAACAUUGGUGGCCAGCUCCUCACAAACUUUGCGGGCUUCGUCGUUCCGGGCUAUUACUCUCUGGGCGCGCUGUUUUCCCACUCUAAGGAGGAUGACACCCAGUGGCUGACGUACUGGGUUGUUUUUGCCUUCUUCACCGUCGUCGAGGGCUUCUUCAGCAUUGUCUACUGGUUCCCCUUCUACUUUGUCUUCAAGUUCAUCUUCCUGCUGUGGCUGGCUCUUCCCACUUUCCGUGGCGCUGAGGUCGUUUUCCGAUCCUUCCUUGCUCCCACUCUCGGCCGAUACUUCCAGGGCCCCGGCACCUCCGCUGGCCUCCGCUCCAAGACUGAUGCUUUUGACAAGACUCAGUAAAUGGUGCGGGCCGAGCAGCUGCUUGGUCGCAAAGGCUGAACUGCUUGAUUAUCAAGUCCCGGGCCAGGAGCUGUAGACCAUUGCGCGGAAGACGCAGCAAACAUGGAUCAGACUGAUAGUUGGAAUAAAAUGGGGUUACACGGAAUCGCCGGCACAUGUUGGGUUUUCGGAGAGGAAAUGAGGCCAUUGGAGGGAGGCCAGCAUGGGAACGAGGAUUGGG